AUGAUCACAUACAAUACCUGUUUAUACUUAUUUACACUGAUUAUGACUGUCGGAGGUGAGACGCCAUUCUUCGAUCUCACUCGUUACAAUGAUUUCCCCGAGAUCGAGGAGUAUGUACGAGGAGUGGCCAAAAUGAAUCCGGAAUUCGUCUCAUUACGGCUUAUUGGCCACAGUCGCGAAGAUCGUCCAUUGCUCGGUCUUAAGAUUACUGCCGACUUGCAAAGCAAAAACAUAAGCGAGACCAGUGAAUGGCCCAGCUUCUCCAUUGGCAUAAUGCUGGUGCAAAAGUACAAAAUAGAUGAUAAGAUCACUGCUUAUGUAGAUUCCUUGGACAUCUACAUAUUUCCGGUGCUAAACCCGGAUGGCUUUAUAUUUUCGCGGACAUCAACGAGAGCAAUUAUUCGACAGUGGCGAAAAAACCGCGCUCCUGAGAACUGUACCGGUUCAGUUGGAUAUUUGGAAGACAUCUGCUGUGAGGGUGUCGACCUGAAUAGGAACUAUGAUUUAGGUGAGCCGGAGACAAGGUCAGUCGUCGAAUUUUGCGAAAUCUACGGACGUCUACAUGCUCUUGUCUCUAUGCAUACUCAUGGCCAGUUAUGGAUUCUACCGUAUAACCAUCACAAACGAACUUAUCCAGAGGACUUCAAAGAACUAGAAAAGCUUGCCGCUCGAGCCGCUCAAAAAGUCUACUCAUACCGAGAGACCAAGUAUCGGAUAGGUACCGCUGCGGAUAUGCUCGGAACAGCAACAGGUGGUGCCACUGAUUGGAUCAAGAAGAAUACUCCCACCAAAUACGUCUAUGUUCUGGAAUUACCACCGGACAUGUCUACCUGGUUCGCAUUUCAAAUCAAACCCCACUGGCUGAUACCGAUUGGAAAAGAGACUUGGAUGGGGAUUAAAGUAAUUCUCGAUCAAGUAAUUGAAGAGACAAUCACUGAGCGAAAACGGAGAAUGACACAAAAUACCUCCCACAUCUCCUCUCGGGCGCGUUUUUGA